AAGAGAUACAUGCCUCUCUCGCAAACAAAACAAUAAUGAUUAAAUCAUUUAAAGCAAGCCAUUCACAUGCAACAGAAAUGCGAAAGGGCUGCCGGAAAAGAGACGGAGAAGGGCCGUCGGAGAGCAGAAGCCGCCCCUUGAAAUAUGGAUACGUCUCCAUUCUGGGGCGGCGGAGAGUGAUGGAGGAUUCGGUGAUAGUGAUGCCGCCGCGGAGGUUACCCUGCGGCUACUCAUUUUUCGCAGCUCACGGCUGCGGCGGACCCAAGCUGGUGGAAACGUGCACCGACAAGCUGCAUCAGUGCUUGGAGAAGCGCAUGGCGGAGGCAGUGGAGGAGGAGGGGCUCGCUUGGGACAAAUUAGUGAUGGACUGCUUUACUUCUAUGUAUGAGGACUGGGGCGGCCUGCUCAAGUUCACGGCGGUGCUGGACCUGCCUGACAAGGACGAGAUGUUGCUCGUCAAUUGCGGUGGUUCCAGGGCGCUGCUUUGGACUGGUGGAGUGGCUCUGCCUUUGUGGACUCAGGCUGAUGAAGCGGAUGAGAGAGUUGAAGCUCUGAUCAUGAGUGAUGGUGAAUGUGUGAGAGGGUCGGCGCCUGAGGUUCGGGUGAUGAGGCGAAACGGCGACAGCUUCCUAAUUAUAGCGAAUGAUGGUCUGUGGAAUGUGGUUGAGAAACACACAGCUUGUGAGGUAGUGAGGGAGUGUCUUGCUGGCAAAAUAAAGAGCUGGCCUUCCGAAGGCGGCGACGGCGUAUCGCACGCCGCUGCAAUGCUAGCUGAGCUCGCAAUUGCUAAGGGCAGCAAAGACAACAUCACCAUCGUUCUUCUACACCUCAACUAAACACUACUCAUGUCGCCAAAUCUUAUCUUACAUUUGUAAGACUGUUUUUGUGUGUGUGUGUGUGUUUGUGUUUGUGUUUGUGUUUGUGUGUGUGGACUUUUCUUUUCAUAUUGUAUACUUGUUUUUAUGAAACGAUAUCACUAAGCCUAACAUAUAUUUUGUGCUA